CAUUUGUCCUGUCCUACAGGCCCGGGCUCAGUGGGUGACACAUCUCCUCUCUCCAUGCAGGAUCUCAAUGAGCUAUGUGAACCAACGCCAUGAUAGUUCCCACACCACACCGAUACAACGAGCCCUGCGAUCACUCAGCAUCCCACUGGAGAGGCUGCAUAUCAUGAAGGGCCACAUGAUGCAGGACAUGUGCAAGGGGCUGAGCCGCCAGACACAUGCACAGGCCAAAGUGCGUAUGCUGCCGACCUACAUCUGCUCCACUCCCAAUGGCACUGAGAAGGGCAAUUUUCUGGUGGUAGAGUUGUGCCAGAGCCAGGUUCGGACCCUGCUGGUGACCCUCUACGGCGAUGGAAACAUGAGCCCCAAUAUGGUGUACAAGGUCUUCGAGCUGCCAGAGGGCAUCAUGCAGGGUGAAGGAGAAGCGCUCUUUGACUUCAUUGCACAAUGCCUGUCCCAGUUCUUGGCUGAGAGCUUCAGCUCUGAUGCCAGCAAGUCUGAGGAACGCCUUCCCUUGGGCUUUGUGUUCCCCUUCAGCUGCCGGCAGACACAGCUGGACAAGGCGGAACUCCUCUCCUGGUCCAAGGGCUUCAGCUGCAGUGGCGUGGUGGGGAAGGAUGUGGUGCAGCUGCUGCAGUCAGCCAUCAAUAAGCAGGAGUUCUGCCACGUGGACGUUGUUGCCCUGAUGAAUGACACUGUGGGCACCAUGAUGACCUGCAGCAUGGAGGGGAAACCCUGUGAGGUUGCCAUGGUUGCAGACAAGGGCUCCAACUGUUGCUUCAUGGCCGAGGCAUACCUGGUGGAAACAGCAGACGAGACCAGCGGGCGGAUGUGUGUCAACACUGAGUGGGGCUGCUUUGGGGAUGAUGGCAUCCUGAAUGACGUCUUCACGCCCUAUGAUGAAUGUGUGGAUAAGGAAUCUUCCAACCCUGGGGAGAAGAGGUUUGAGAAGAUGGUGGGCACCCUGUACCUGGGGGAGAUUGUCCGGCACGCGCUGAUUGCCCUAGCAGCAGAGAAGGCUAUCUUCACUGAGACCAAUGCUGCUGUCCUGAAGGAGAAGGGAGUGUUCACGAUCCAACAUGUCCUGGACAUUGUCAACAAAGAGGAUGGAACAACUGACGUGAAGAGGAUUCUCAAGGUUCUGGGGCUGCAGGCAAACGAGCGGGAUUGCGGCCGUGUGCAGCAGAUCUGCCGGGCAGUAUUGGGGCGUGCUGCCACACUCCACGCCACUGGGCUGGCUGCCAUCCUCAGCUACAUGUGCCAGACCCGGGACGUGGAGACGCUGAUGGUCAACGUGGGGAUGGAAGGAGAAUUAUACAAGGGCUACCCCAGGUUUGCGGAGAUCCUGAUGAGUGUGUCAAGGCUACUGUCCCCUGAGUGCCUGGCCACCCUCCUGCCUGCAAGAGAUGGCUCUGGGCGGGGGGCAGCCAUGGUGACAGCAGUGGCUUUGCGCCUGGCAGCCCAGCGCCGUGAAGUGAAUGAGGUGCUGGCCCCACUACGGCUCUCCCGCGCUGACCUGGAGAAAGUUCAGGCACUGAUGAGGCAGGAGAUGGAGCGGGGCCUGUGUAAGGAGACCAAUGCCUCUGCCUCUGUCCGCAUGCUGCCCACCUACGUUACUCACACACCCGAUGGCACUGAGAGAGGCGACUUCCUGGCGCUGGACCUGGGGGGGACCAAUUUCCGUGUGCUGGUGGUGCAUGUGACAGAGGAGGGCAUCAGCAUGGCCAGUGAGAUCUACGUCAUCCCAGCUGCCAUCAUGCAGGGCACGGGCGAAGCGCUCUUUGACCACAUCAUUGACUGCAUCAUAGACUUCCAGAGGAAGCAGAAGCUGGUGACAGACAAGCUGCCUCUUGGCUUCACCUUCUCCUUCCCCUGCCAGCAAAUGGGCCUAGAUAAGGCAUUGCUGCUGACCUGGACCAAAGGCUUCAGCGCCUCAGGCUGCGUGGGACAAGACGUUGUCCAGCUGCUGCGGGAGGCUGCCCGGCGCAAACAGCACCUAGGGAUGCAGGUGGUGGCUCUGGUCAACGACACGGUGGGAACCAUGAUGGCCUGUGGUUAUGAUGACCCCAAAUGUGAAAUUGGCCUCAUUGUGGGAACAGGGACCAAUGCCUGUUACAUGGAGGAGAUGAGGAAUGUGGGCACUGUGGAGGGGGACCAGGGCCGUAUGUGCAUCAACAUGGAGUGGGGGGCCUUUGGGGACAACGGCUGCCUAGACCACAUCUUCACCCACUUUGACAAGGUGGUGGACGAAACUACCAUCAACCCGGGCAAACAGAGGUUUGAGAAGCUCAUCAGCGGCAUGUACCUGGGCGAGAUCGUGCGUCAGGUCCUGAUGGUAAUGACAGAGAAACAGCUCUUGUUCCAAGGAAAACUCAGCCCCAAACUCCAGACCAGGAACAUCUUCAAGACCAAGUUCCUCUCUACCAUCGAGGUCAACGGGCUGGCCCUGCGGCAGAUACGUGUCAUCCUCAAUGAACUUGAGCUCGAUGCCAGCUUUGAGGACAGCGUGCUGUUGCGGGAGGUGUGCCAGACCGUGUCCCUGCGGGCGGCCCAGCUCUGUGCUGCUGGCUUGGCUGCUGUAGUGGAGAAGAUGCGGGAGAACCGGGGCCUGGACCAACUGUCUGUCACUGUUGGGGUGGAUGGCACCUUGUACAAGCUGCACCCAUGCUUCUCCAACAACCUCCAGAAGACACUGAAGGACCUGGCACCCAACUGCAAUGUGACCUUCCUGCUAUCAGAGGACGGCUCGGGGAAAGGGGCUGCGCUCGUGGCAGCUGUGGCCAGUCGCGCUGCCAACGCCAUGGAAUAGU